AUGAAUCUCUCCCUCAAACUCUCCCACGGGCGUAUGAAUGGAACCACCGAGUUGAUUUGCACUCUCUUCGACGCCAAUGGGGCUAUCGAGAUGCCCGAGACUCGCCUGACCAAGGCAGAUAUCGCCCGCCAGUACGGGGUCGAUGGCCGCGACCUACGCACUGCAGAUGCGAUAUCAGAAGGGAUACCCCACUUUGUCAUUCGUCCAUCGACAAUUUUCAUCAGCCUUUUCUCUUUGAGACUUCUGGUUCAAUCGAACCGAGUACUCCUGAUCCGAAGUGGUUCCAAGGACAACGACCCGCACGCCUUUCUGGAGGAGAUCUUCGCGACCGAUCUCCAGAGUAAACUGCGCGGCAAUCACGGAUCAGGGUUCCCCGUUUCUCUUCCUUAUGAGCUUCGCGUUUUCGAGGCAGCCUUGGCAUCUGUGACUGCACACCUUGAGGCAGAACACUUACUCAUACGGAAGGAGAUCGAGUAUAGCCUCGAGGAUCUACAAAGCGAAGACAUUGCUUCAACCGGGCCGCGCACAUUGCUGGAAAAUGGCAAGAAACUCGUCCACAUCGAGCAGCGCGCUCGACAGAUGCGUACCGCACUGCAAGAGUUGUUAAGCAAUGACGAAGAUCUCGCCGAAAUGUACCUCACCGACCAACAAGCAGGCAGACCCCACGCCAUCGAAGACCACCAAGAAGUCGAAUACCUGCUUGAAGCGUACUAUAAAAGUCACGACGCGAUCGUCGAGUCUGCAGGGGCGUUGCUGAGUGAAGUGCACCGCACGCAAGACGCCAUCAUGUCUGUUCUUGAUGUGCGACGCAAUCAGAUUAUGGUUUUUGAGGCCCAACUCGAGAUUUGUAUGCUGGGGUUUGCGGUGUCGACGUUUAUUGCGGGCUUGUAUGGUAUGAAUGUUAUCAAUUAUCUGGAGGACAGUCCUUAUGCGUUUCCGUCGCUUGUGGCGGGAUGUGUGAUGGGGACGCUGAUGCUUGCACGGAUUGGAAUGUUGAAGCUGCGGAAAUUCCGCAGGAUACUGCUGUGA